GGCUGGUGAAAGGGGCAGUACUUUUAGCAAGUGGGGGCAGUACAUUUCCUUGCCCCUUUGAGAACCUCUCCUGAAGCCUGGAAAAGCCACACAGAGGAUUGGGGAAUGCUGCUGAAUGAGCUCAGCCAGCAGCUGAACGCUGAUAUGUUCUGCUUCCUGCCCCACAGUAGCAUGCAUCGUAAGGCAAAUGGAGGUAUCUGUUCACUGUGGACUUCCCACAGCUUGACUCUGUGUAUCAUAUCUAUAAUGCUGUGUAGGAUACAAGGCUCUGUUAGAACACAAAAUGACGAAGUGGAACUUGGUGGCACUGGUACCUUGAGAUGUAACCGAACAGAGUAUGCAAAAAGCACUUUUCAAGUUACAUGGAGGAAAGAAAUUAAUGGAAACGCUGAAAAUAUGGCGACUUUCCGCGAAGAUGCAGGUCCAAAUAUUCUUCCCACAUACAAAGACAAAAUCAAGUUCACAACUUUAGGAAACAAAGAAAAUGCCAUCACUUUUUUGAACGUUAGCAUCAAUGAUAAUGGCUGCUAUCAAUGCAUAUUUGCAACAAUGACUGGAGAAGUGAGGGGACGACCCUGUCUUCUGGUUUAUGAUCACCUCCAUGCCUUUCUGUACCACAACAUCUAUGACGGUCAUUUGAAUGCCACCUGCUUAGCAACUGGCUUCCCACGUCCAAAUAUCUCAUGGGUUGCACCAGAAAGCAAAAUGAAUGAAUACGAGAGCUUAAAUCCCAAUGGCACAAUUUCUGUCAUAAGCAACAUCAUUAUAAGUACCUCAAUCCAGAAUGUUAAACAAAAGGUGAUUUGCAAAGUUUCACACCGAGGAGAAGAGAAGGAGAUCAAGCUUCAAGGAAAAAAAGGACUCAGUCGUCCGUAUGCUAUUCUGAUCGGUGUAUUGGCCCUAAUUCUUGUUAUCCUAGUUAUUGUUGCAGCAUACUGCUGGAGUCGUCACAGGAAGACACACAGUGGAUGAUACACAAUUCAGUGAACUCCAUUGGGAGAUUGUUUCACAGAAGCAAAAAGUAAUUCCUCAGUAAUACUUGCCAGUCUACACUGAACAGACUGCUGCUGCUACCAAAUUUUCAGACAAGAAGAAUCCACCAAACAAAUCAGAAAGAAAAAAAGUGGGAGGACAGGACAGGAAUGAAAUUAUUUGGCACUGAUGUUCUCUUGACUUCACAUAAAAGCUGUGUGAAUGUAAUUUGCCAAUUUCAAGCUAAAUGGCUCAAAUGAGCACAAUCUCAGUAAAAUUUCCUGUUAUAUGGGCACUAGUCCAGGAUUGGGAGGAAUCUGAGUGCAAUUUCACCCACAAUUUUCUUGUCCAGUGCACCUGCUAUUGCCAGGAGAACAGGAACACUCAUGAGCAACCCAGCAUUUGCAUGGGUUGUUGGCUGCCCAAAGUUUGUAUUAGAUACUUUUUGGCAGCUGCCAUUUCUGCUCCCAUCAAUGCUCUAGCUACAUCCCCCACCCCAAAUAUCUGCAGGAGGACCAAGUGUGGCGAAGUUAUGUACCCUGCUGUGCCAGAUCAUCUGUCAGGCACAGGGAAGCCCCUUCAGAAUUUAAAUCAUUGUGCAUGGUUAAAAUUCCCAAGGGGUUUAGGGUGUAAUGCGAACCCACCCACCCAAUAUCUGUCUUGGUCCUAUGGUGGGGCCCUAGACUUCUGCCCCAACAUUCUGACCUGAUGACACCACUACCCUCAUUAUAAGCUCCUUGCUGGCUACCUCGAUUAAAAAUAAAAACAGCACCAACUGUCACACUGAAUAUAUGGAACUGUUUCCUAUAUUUUAUGAAAAGGAAAUAAAAGGGAAAAAACCAUUGCACUGAAUACAUGAAAAUAUUUGCUGUAUUUCACUUAACAGAAACCAAAUAAAGAAAUUUUCAUAAAAAACGGAUAGGAUGCUUUUUAUGGGGCCCUUUCGGCUUUUCUGUCAAAAUAAUAUGUUGCCAAAGAAUCUAAAAUUCUGAUGGGAAAUUGCUGCAGGUGGCUACACUUUGAUGUUCUUUUAAUAAAAAUAAUGAAUGCAUGAACAGAUUAAUGAAAUUUGGAUAGCAUUUUAAGCUUUUGCAGCAAUGCAGUGAUUUAACUUAAUUUAGGUGUACUUUUCAAAAUAAACUUUUUGGAAAUGGUAGUCUCUGGAUUCCCCCUCACGGAUGCACACUUUAACACAGUGAGAGUUUUUGAGAGUGUCAGAGAAGCUAUAAGCAAUCCCACCAAGUGGCCAAAUUGUCUUCUCAGCAUGGUCUCCUAGCUGGGUCACCCAAGGCAGAACCAUCAAGCAGAGACACCAGCCUAAGAUGCAGCCACCCUCUUCAGAAGUAACAGUCAAUCAGCAAAAGAGAAUGGAUCUUUCUAAUGCUGGGAGAACACAAAAUCCGACUGUCUUAUAUCAGUCAGAAUCUGUGGAAAAUGUAUUAACAAUAACCAUCAUUCACAUUUAUGCUCCAACAACAGAUGCUGAAGAAGGAGAAAUUGAAAUGUUUGUGUAGAUGUUCAGGAGAAAAUGGGCAACACACCAAAACAAGACAUGGUAGGAAUCCUAGUUGACUGGAAUGCAAAAGUAGGAAACAAAGCAGAAUCAAAAGUUGUAGGAAAAUUUGGCCUAGAGGUAAGAAAUAAAGCAAGAGAAUGACUCAGAAUUCUGUAUAGCUAACAAUCUGCUUAUCACAAAUACAUAUUUGAAGCAGCCACUCAGAUUACUAUAUAUAUAGAUAUCAUCAGAUGACAAAGCAAAAAUCAAAUGGACUAAUUAAUUGGAAGCAGGAGAAAGAGAAGUCAUAUUCUCACUGCCCUCAACACUUGGUCAUCCCAAUGCAUAAACUGUAUUGUAGAUGAGAAGCUGCUGUAAAGACAGAAUAUGGAGGCCUAGGAUGCUUUCCUAUGGCAAAGGCAUUGGACGGGGGUGUAUUUUAUCUCCCUAUCUGUUCAGUCUAUACACAGAACAUAUCAUAAUAGCUGGAUCAGAAUCCAAGGAAGGAGUCAAAAUCCAUGGAAGGCAUGCCGGUGAUACCAUUUUAUUGGCAGAAAGCAACGAUUAUUAGAAACUACUCCUGAUAACAGUGAAGGAAGAAAGCACACAAGCAGAACUGCAGCUGAAUAUUAAGGAAAUAAAAAUCAUGACUAUAGAAGAAUUACAGAACUUUGCUGUUUAACAAUGAAGAAAUUAAAAUUGUACCUUGGCUCGGUCAUCAAUUCAAGAGGAGUCUGAAGUCAAGAAAUCAGAAGAAGAUUGAGACUUGGAAGGGCAGCAAUGAAGGAGCAAGAAAAGAUCAUCAAGUGUAAGGAUGUUUCAUUGCACACCAUGGCUAAGAUCACUCACACUCUUGCAUUCCCAGUUACCACAUUCCAGCACUAGACUGCUCAUCUAGUCUGAAAAAGGAAUAAAGAGGGGAGACAUAAGCACAACAGCAACACCAUCUGCCUGCACAUGAUGUACAGAUUGGUGCCAAUGUAGUAAGUGGGUAGUCUGUUUCCUUUCCUUUUCUUAAGCAGAACUGAUAUGAUAAAGACAGAGAGUGGGGAGGCUUACUGAAAUUAACGUUCUACUUUCUCAUCCAGAUCGGAAGGCAAUCAUUUUUCAAAGUCAGCUUUUUCCUAUACAGGAAAGUGCAAAGUUUAUUAAGACAGAUAUUUUGCAUAUAUAUGUGCACACUUGCAGUUUCAGAGGCCUACUGUACAGAAGUGGCUUUCAUGCUUUAUGCCUUUAGAGAACUUCUGUGGAGGAUUCUGUGAAGCAUUGUUUUUUCUGGCCUGUUAACUCCUAUGCAUUUAUGCACAAACAGAACAGCAGAAUAUCAGUGUCCAUGUCUGUCAGGGAAGGUUGUCUUAGUAUUAUUGAUUUUUUCCAUAUACUCUCAUUGAAGGAAGUUAUGGAGCAACAAAACAGUUUGGAAUGCCCUCCCUACAGGUUUAUGUCCAGAGGUGUGUUCAACUUAUUUAUGUGCCCAUUUUAAUGUUGCUGUUUUGAUUAGGUUGCUUUGGUUGUUUUUAGCCACUGCUGCAUUGCUUUAUGAAGACUGCUUUAAUUUUAUGCUGUUGUACUGCUGUUAUGAUUUGUCUUAUUGUGUACUCCUCCAGGUUAUGCGAGGAUGACAGACAGACUAAAAUAUUCUUAAACAAA